AUGCCUGAGAUAAAAUCAAUUGUAGGUGAUAAACCAAGGUUUGCUUACAGGAGCUGUGAAGCCCUGAAGCAAAAAAUAUGCUAUAAAGACUUUCAGGUUACUUAUGGAAAGAAAUAUGAUAGAGAAUGGCUACUCGAGUCCAUAAAGAAAUGUUGUUCAUUGCCAUUCACACCAAUUGAGUAUCACUUUGAGGAAAACAAGGCUGUAUUUUAUGUCCAGGAUUCAAAUGUUGCAAAUGCACUGAAACAAGUUACACGGAAAAUCACAGACAAAGAUAACUACAGGGUAAAGCUUUUGGUACAUCGCUCAGGUGCACCAUUAUCUGUUAGAAAUGAAUUAAAACCUGAACAAUUGGAAGUCGUUAAGCAGUGUAUGAGCAAAAGAUUUAAUGCAGCUGAACAAUCUCUAAGUUUGAAAAACAUUUGCAGUGAUCCAGAUCUCGUUGCUCAAAAGAUUGAUGAUGUCUUUUUUAAGAGGUUCUGCAUUUAUGCUGUUACCAAAAUUAUUGCGGAGCAUAUUCCUGAGUUAAUGUCGCUGGAUUUGAGUAGUAACAAGCUGCAUUAUCUUGAUGAUGUGACUGAUCUGCUGUUUGGAAUACGCAAUUUGAAAAUUUUGAAACUUUCUCAAAACGAGCUGAAGUAUGACAGAGAACUAGACAAGCUAAAGGGUCUUAAACUGGAUGAGCUGUGGCUGGAUGAAAACCCACUGUGCAAAACAUUUGCAGAUCAAGCAGCUUAUAUCAGCAAUAUCAGAGACAGAUUCCCAAAGCUUCGUCGUCUGGAUGGCCAUGAACUCCCACCUCCUAUUUGUUUUGAGAUUGCAUCCGAGACAACACUUCCUACAUGUAAGGGCAGUUACUUCUGCACAGAUGACGUGAAGGGACUCAUUCUCCAUUUCUUGCAACAGUUUUAUACCUUCUAUGAUUCUGAUGACAGACAAGGUUUGUUGGCAGCCUACCAUGAUAAUGCGUGUUUCUCUGUGUGCACCAAAUCCCCGCCUUUAAAUAGUACAAGAGCUUUGAAUGACUAUUUAAGGGAAAAUAGAAAUUUGAAAAAAGUGAAGGACGCUGCUUUGAGAUUCAGGCUACUCAGGCACAAGAGGUUAAACAUCAUAGCAUUUUUGAAUGAACUUCCGAAAACAGAGCAUGACCUAAAAUCCUUUGUUGUUGAUGUCAGUGUUCAGACUAACACAUUGCUGUCCUUCACAGUGAAUGGGAUUUUUAAGGAAGCAAAUGACAAGGCCAAAGACCCCGUAAUGGCAUUUUCACGAGUGUUUGUUGCUGUACCUGCUGGAAGUAAUGGGCUUUGCAUUGUAAAUGAUCACCUUUGUGUACGCAGUGCAACAUCAGGAGAAAUUCGUAAAGCAUUUGUUUCUCCAGCGCCAACACCUUCCAGUAGCCCUGUCCCAACAUUAUCUGCCACGCAACAAGAGAUGAUCCAGGCUUUUUCAUUGCAGUCUGGAAUGAACUUUGAAUGGUCCCAAAAGUGCCUUAAUGAUAAUAAUUGGGACUACACUAAAGCGGCUCAUGUUUUUACAGUAUUGAAGUGGAUCUUCUACUAA